UCUCCUCAUGACUCCUCCUCGAGCGCACCGCUCGCCUUCGCAGUGUUUCAUACCGAAGUCAUACUUCACAUUCCAGCUUUACAGUCAUAUCAAGAGAAAUAUUUCUUCAAAAACACCGGCGUUGUUUGCGUUUGUAAAUGCGCUCGUGAGAUAGUGCCUUAAAUCCUCUGUCUUGCACACGGCGGAGCAGAAGUUUGAUUUUAAGUUGUCCCGGGUGUGAGGGCUCACGUAGGGGCCCAGGUGGAGCCGUCACGAUUGCAGCCAACGAGUGGAGCACCAACACGAGCCCGGAGGAGGGGCAAGAGGAUGAAGUGGACGGGAUGGACAAGGCCGGAUUGGACGGAGAUGCUGAGGGAGUCUGGAGCCCCGACAUCGAGCAGAGCUUCCAGGAGGCUCUGGCCAUUUAUCCACCUUGCGGCCGCAGAAAAAUCAUCCUGUCAGACGAGGGGAAGAUGUACGGACGCAAUGAGCUGAUAGCGAGAUACAUAAAGCUGCGGACCGGAAAAAACCGAACACGAAAGCAGGUAUCUAGCCAUCUGCAGGUUCUUGCACGGCGAAAGUCUCGUGAGAUUCAGUCUAAGCUGAAGGCCAUGAAUUUGGAUCAGGCCUCCAAAGACAAAGCCCUGCAGAACAUGGCCGCUCUGUCAUCUGCUCAGAUUGUUUCCGCCAGCGUGAUGAAGAGUCAGUUGCCUCCUCUUCCUCAGCACCCCUAUCCUCCUCCAGCCAGGUUUUGGCCCGGCCCCAUCCCAGGACAGCCUGGACCUUCUCAGGACAUCAAACCCUUUGCACAGAACCCGUACUCCUCUCUACAACCCCAACUACCUACACCCAUAACAAGUUAUGAGCCCAUAUCCAACCCUCUCCCCCCCACAGGGAUGCCUGUAUGGCAGGACCGGACCAUUGCCUCAUCUAAACUCCGCAUGCUGGAGUACUCUGCCUUCAUGGAGGUCCAGAGAGACCCUGACACUUACAGCAAGCACCUGUUCGUCCACAUCGCUCAGACAAACCCCUCAUACACCGACCCUCUCCUAGAGGCAGUGGACGUCCGUCAGAUCUACGACAAGUUUCCUGAGAAAAAGGGAGGGCUGAAGGAGUUGUAUGAGAAAGGCCCUCAGAACGCCUUCUUUCUGGUCAAAUUCUGGGCUGAUCUGAACAGUAACAAUAUUCAGGAUGGAACCGGCUCAUUUUAUGGUGUCAGCAGUCAGUACAGCAGUGCUGAAAACAUGACCAUCACUGUGUCCACUAAAGUCUGCUCGUUCGGGAAGCAAGUGGUAGAGAAAGUUGAGACAGAAUAUGCUCGUGUGGAGGGUGGGCGGUAUGUUUACCGGAUCCAUCGCUCCCCCAUGUGCGAAUACAUGAUCAACUUCAUCCAUAAACUCAAGCACCUACCAGAGAAAUACAUGAUGAACAGCGUCCUCGAGAACUUCACUAUACUGCAGGUUGUAACAAACAGAGACACACAAGAGACUUUGCUGUGCAUUGCAUUCGUGUUCGAGGUGUCCACAAGCGACCACGGAGCGCAGUAUCAUGUUUACAGACUUGUCAAGGAUUGAAUGACGCUGUGCCGAGAGACCUCCAGCCACUGUUCAAACGAAACAAACGUACACAAAGAAGGACAAAACGCAAACCAGGAUACUGGGCACUAUAGGUUGUAGUGUAUAUAUAGUUACGUACUUUAAAAGGAAAGACAGUGUACUUUCAGGGAUUAUUCUGUUUCUUCUUAAAUGUACUGUGAGAGAAGUUAUCAAAUGUUAUUUGGAAAUAAAACGGCACAAAGGUCUUUUUAAAAGCGAAUGCAAGAAAAUAGCAGAGGAAUGCUGGUCAAUACAAGUCCGUUUGUGAUAGAAUUGAUUUGUUCGUAUCACACCAGCACACACUACCUCUAACCUGAGACAGAUCGGAGGCCCGUGCGAAUGAGCUAUUUGGUUGUUGAAAAGAAAUGUUAAAUGUUUGUUAGGAUGGUAAGCGUAAGUUACAUGAGCGUAGCAUAUCAGGGUCAUGUUCUACGACGUCACGCAUGUUUGGAAGCGUUGCUUUAUUUGGCUCGAAUUUUGGAAAAUGCAAAUGUGUGAGCUGUUUCUACCUCCUGGUACGUGCUUUUGGAGCAUUUCAAAGCAUUGAUGUGGUUUGAAACCUAAGGUGUCAAAAGAAAUGGUCAUUUAAAACAACGUCCAAUGCAAUAACGGUUAUUGUGAAAACGGUGUGCAUGGUGUUACUUAAAUGCCCUCAAUUUGAGUGCCUUGCCACAUACGGGGCAUACUUUCAUCAUACCUGUAAAGAUCAGGUUACAUUGGUUGAAGCAACUCUGGCUACAGCGGGACAAAUCUCAACAUGUCAGGCUUGGUUAUAAAUUCUCACCAAAACAAUUACACAUCCCUUGGCUUUUAUUUCUGUGAAACUGGGUGCUUGAGGUGUUCCUGAUAUUAAAAAGCAAGGAAAGAUUUUGUACUUUAACAAAUUCAGUUUUUAGAGGGUUUUUUUGAGUGCUGUGAGGCAGGCAAUUGAUAAACAGAUGCGCAAAGUGAAUUGAACCUUUAAUUCCACAUCAAAAAUGCAAUAAGAUCUGGAUUAUUCCGAUCCAAGGGUUCUCAGGUUCUUUUAGUAAUGUAGAAACACUUAGAGUUUAGAAUAAUACUUGUAUUUGCUUCUACUAAAGCCACCCACAUAAAUUGAUAGCGUUUGGACCAUAGACUGCGCACACAUUAAAAACAAAUGCCUUGGCAAUGUGUCGGACAUGAUCAGUGCCAUUUAUUUACAAUCAUCUGUUUAUUUCAUUUAUGUUGGUACAUUUAUAUACAAUUGUGCUAUGCAUUAUGGAAUGCACAUAUUGAUAUUGCAUAGAGGAUGAUGAAAUAUUUCAUUGGGAAAUUUUGGAUGCCAAUGUCAACAGAAUGUUCUGGACUGUAAUAACCAAAGAUGACAUCCAAAAGAAUGUGAACAGCAUCCACCAGAAAACUCUCUCUAGCGUUUUUGUGUGGCUCAGGUCAUCUUUGACUUGUAAAAGGUUUUGACUAGAGGGGAUACAGCUACCUACACUGGGCAUGCGCACUUCAAUACCGCAUAAUUUUUGUCACGCUGAAAACAGUUGAUUAAUAUUUUUAUUAUUAUUGUAAGGUUAGGAUUAGGGUUGGGGUAGGUGUAGGCGUUAGCUAAUGUAAUUUAUUGUAAUUAUAUAGCGAGAUUUUGCACCACUUCUGGCCGUAGCUGUAUCCCUUCAAGCAACAACCAUAUAAAGAACAUCAUCCAUGCGCGUGCAUACUUGGGUGUGUACCUGACCUGUACGUGUAUGUGAGAAAAAUAGUUGUGUAAAAUGUGUCGUGUAUAGUUUAAGAACAGGAAAGGUUUUUAUCUUGGUUUCUUCUUUUUUCAUUGCUUUGUUCAAAUAUCAUGCUAUGGUUGUUAAUAAAUAUUGGUUGUAUCAUCA